AUGCCAGGAAGAGUGAGUACCUAUUAUCAGUCGUCAAAAGUCAAUCCGAAUCGACCGUUUGGGGCAAGAACCAUUGACCCAAAUACCUAUUCAUCACAGAUUUAUAGUAUGGACGCAUUUAAAAUACCUCCUCUUUUUCAGUCAGCUCGCAACGCUCUCUAUACGCGUUAUUCACUGAACGAUUGGGACAACUCGAACCAUGCCGCGUACAACACAUCGGAUUACUUACGCAAUGGAGCCGAACGUCUUCGCCUGGACACUUUACGCCUUUGCAAAGAGACCGACGCGCGGCGCACUCAGUCGGAUGUCGGUAAGAAGUUGGGCGAACGAGUGAACGACAUUGUCUUUUGGAAGAACGAGCUACUUCAUGAAACGGACGAGAUGCUCGCCGAGAUCGCCGCUCUGAAGGAGGCAAAGCGUUUGGUUGAGAAAGCCUUGCCAGAAACUGAAGACGUGCUGUCUAUUGCCCAGGAGUGCCUCUACAAUCGAGAGAAGCGUCAAGGGAUAGAUCUGGUACACGAUGGACCCGAGACUGCCUUAAUCGACGAAGUGAGUUCGAUCCGAAAGUGCCAGGAAAAACUGCGCAAUGUGAUUGACAAGACCACUGCGCAGCUGAAUCUGAACCGCGCUGCCCAACACGAGCUUGAAAAAGAUUCGGGAGAUAAGUUCAUAGCACAGAACCUCGAUGAGUGCGCCCAACAGCUUACCGGCUCGUCACGUGGCCUAGCUUACCACAACGGCAUCGAGAAUAUAGAUAAUACAAAGUCCGUUCCGGAAACAUGGUGUAUGUUCACAAAUAAUAACAUCAAACGAUCGCAGGCCGAACGAGCCGCCUCCAGGCACUUACGAAACGAGUUUAAUACUGUACUGAACGAUUGCGCCAACGAAAUGUGGAAUCAGUGGAAUCUGACAAAUCAGGCUCUCACCGACCGAAUAAAAGACACCCUGGAUGCCAGAAACAAGAUCCAAACGCAUCUAUCGAAGGUCCUGCAAGAGAUAUUUGACAUGUCAAAACAUAUCGAGUUGAUAAAGAAAGCUAUUCAAGAUAAGGAGAAUCCAUUGCAAGUAGCGCAGACACGACUCGACAUUCGAAUGCGACGGCCUAAUGUCGAGGCAUGUCGAGACACGGCCCAGCUUAGGCUUAUCGACGAGAUUGAUGAGAUUUACGACACUUUGGAAACGUUGCAGAACAAACUGCGCCGUGCUGAGAAUUCAAUGCAAGAUCUGUUCCUGAUCAAAGCAUCACUGGAAGAGAAUCUCGCCAUUAAGAAUAAUACGCUUUUCAUCGACAGGGAGAAAUGUCUGGCCAUGAGAAAGACAUUCCCUAUGUCGCCGAUUUGUGGAGUGAGACUCCGCACCUCGUCGGACCUCCUAUUGAACAAGUAA